AUGUCAGGAAGUUCUCACUCUUUACCCAACGUGGAUCGAAUUAAAUUUGAUGAUGCUGAUUGUGGGAUUCCAAUUGUUUGUUUCUGUGGUGGAAGGGCACAGCUUGAACCUUCUAUGAAAAGGACAAAUCCAGGAAGACUCUACUACACAUGUCCAAACCGAGAUGAUGGAGAAUGUCACAUUUGGAAGUGGUGGGAUGAAGCUAUUGUGCAAGAACUAACAUCUUUGAGGCAAGAAAUUCAUGAGUAUCCAACUAUGAAUCAAAUGCGUGAAACGCUUUUGGUCCAUAGAGACGAGAUUUCUCACCUCUAUAAUCUCCUAUCGGAAAAUGAAAAUGAAAUGGCAAGGCUUAAGGUGUUGAUUGAAAAAAAAAGCGAUGGAAUUUCUAUGGAGUUGAAGAAUACGGUUGUUGCGGCUUUUGUUGUACUUGCAAUAAUAGUCUACAUGUUUAAGUAG